ACAAUCACUUCCCUCAGUGAACGCAUUGACAACCGCGUGGCUGUGACAUUACAGACAUCAGAGCAAUUUUUUGGAGGGCGGUGAAACUUAACUCCUGAUUUAACCUCUGAGCCUCCCACAGGCUGCCCUGCAUGAUUGAGUGUUGGACUGCCUAUGUACACACAUUUGGGAAUCAGACACAGCUGUUUCCUCUCUUUGGAGGCAAAAGGAAGUGCAAGGAUAGUGUGUGUGUGGGUUCACAGGGAGAGAGUGUUCUGACUUUCUGAACUUUGAGUGUUUGUACACAUUCUGACACUUGUGUCUGUGUUUGACGGCUUGCCAUGGAAAGUCUGGAGUUCGAAAAGAAGGAAAAACGGUACUUUAUCCGUGGGAAGCAUGCUGCUAUCAUCUGCGCUGCCGUCAUCGUGACAGGUGUUGCCGUGGGGCUCGGAGUUGGUUUAAGCCAGAAGACCUCCUCAUCCGAAGACGAAACCAAACCAACUCCAACGCCAUCACCAACAACACCGCCAGAUAACCGUGGUCCCUGCAAGCCAUCCGACAACACAAAUGGCGGAUGGAACAAUUUCCGCUUACCUGACUACAUGGUGCCGUCACAUUAUGAUCUGCAUCUGGAGCCCGACUUCGAUACGGAUACUUACACCGGGAGCGUGUCCAUCCAUCUGAACCUCACUCAGCCCAGUCAGCACCUGUGGCUCCACAUCCGAGAGACUUUUGUCACCGCGGUGCCCACUUUACAGCGCAGUGGCCCGUCCGGUUUGACCUCUGUCGGGGUGAAGGAAUGCUUUGAGUACAAGCCGCAGGAGUACGUGGUGGUAGAGGCGGCCGAGCAGCUUAGUGUCACUGGUACAGACGAGCACUACGUCCUCACUCUUCACUUCCAGGGCUGGCUCAAUGGCUCUCUGGUUGGUUUCUACAGGACCACAUAUCAGGAGAAUGAAGUUACCAAGAAAAUCGCUGCAACAGACCAUGAACCCACAGACGCUCGUAAAUCUUUUCCAUGUUUUGAUGAGCCCAACAAAAAAGCCACCUACACAAUCUCCAUCACCCAUGACAGUGCAUAUGAAGCGCUGUCCAACAUGCCUGUGGAGAACACAGAGAAAGUGUCAGAUGAAAAAACAAAAACCUCCUUUAAAAAAUCUGUAAAGAUGAGCACCUAUCUGGUAUGUUUUGCGGUGCACCAGUUCACAUAUGUGGAGCGAACAUCGAAAAAAGGAAUCCCAUUGAGGAUCUAUGCUCAGCCUUCGCAGAUCUCAACCACUGCAUAUGCUGCAAAUGUCACUAAGAUCAUAUUUGAUUACUUUGAGGAGUAUUUUGACAUGGACUAUUCUAUAGAGAAACUUGAUAAGAUUGCAAUCCCAGACUUUGGGACAGGAGCGAUGGAGAACUGGGGGUUGAUUACUUACAGAGAAACCAACCUGCUGUUCGAUGAGAAGGAGUCGUCCUCAAUCAACAAACAGCGAGUGGCCAGUGUCAUUGCACAUGAGCUUGUUCACCAGUGGUUUGGAAAUAUUGUGACUAUGGACUGGUGGGACGACUUGUGGCUGAACGAGGGCUUUGCCAGCUUUUUUGAGUAUGUGGGAGUGGAAAAAGCUGAGGAUGACUGGGGAAUGCGCGACAUCAUGCUUAUCAAUGAUGUAUUUCCUGUCAUGGUCGAUGAUGCUCUUCUCUCUUCCCAUCCUAUUAUUGUGGAUGUGUCCAGCCCUGCUGAGAUCACAUCUGUGUUCGAUGCCAUCUCAUAUAACAAGGGAGCCUCUAUUUUACGUAUGCUGGAGGACUUGCUUGGCCGUGACACAUUUAGGGAUGGAUGUCGACAAUAUCUUAAAAGCUUCCUCUUCCAGAAUGCUAAGACUUCAGACUUUUGGAAAGCCAUGGAAGAUAAGAGUGGCUUACCUGUGGCAGACAUUAUGGACACAUGGACCAAGCAGAUGGGUUAUCCUGUUCUUAAUCUGACCAUCACAGACACUGAAGCAAAACUCAUCCAGAACAGGUUCCUCCUGGAUCCCAAUGCUGACCCCAGCCAACCCACCACUCCCCUGGGAUACAAAUGGACCAUUCCUGUGAAGUGGAGAACACUCAACUCCAAAAACAGCUCUUUCUUAUUUGACAAAACAGAGGACGUCAUUGCUGGAUAUUCCCCUGCAACCGAUGGUCUUAUCAAAGUCAACAAAGACCACAUGGGCUUUUAUCGAGUAAAUCACCACGACAGUGUGUGGAGCACUAUUGCUGAGCAACUUUUCACAGAUCAUGAGGUGUAUGAUGCUACUGACCGAAGCAGCUACAUUGAUGAUGUAUUUGCAUUUGGACGGGCAGAUAUUGUCAAUUAUGGAAAUGCCUUCAACUUAACAAGAUAUCUGGCCAAUGAAACUGAGUACAUUGUGUGGGAUCGAGUAUCUGCUUCUAUCUCCUACGUCAGAGAUAUGCUGGCUGAUGACCCAGUGCUUUACCCCAAAUUCCAGAAACUCUUCCGUGACCAUGUCCAGAAGAUAUCCAGAGACCUUGGGUGGAAUGAUGUGGGGAACCAAACAGAGCGGCUGCUGAGGGAGACAAUUUUAGGCCUUGCAUGUCAGAUGAAUGACCAGGAAGCUCUCAACCAAGCCUCUGAAAUUUUCAAUAAAUGGAUUGAAGGAACAAUUAGCAGUGUGGCUGUCAACUUACGGUUGUUGGUGUACCGAUACGGAAUGAGGAACUCAAAAUCAGAACGGAGCUGGGAAAUCAUGUUCCAGAAGUAUCUCUCUGCCUCUCUCGCCCAGGAGAAAGACAAGCUGCUCUACGGCCUGGCUUCAGUUGAAAAUGUCACUCUCCUUUAUAGGUUGCUUGAAGCCGCUAAAAAUGAAAGCAUUGUGAGAAGUCAAGAUGUUUUUAGUCUAGUGCAAUACGUGUCACGCAACACAUAUGGCAAAACUAUGGCCUGGGAAUGGAUGACCCUCAACUGGGAUUACCUAGUGAACAGAUAUUCUAUCAAUGACAGGAACUUGGGCCGUCUGCCCUCCAGAAUUACUAGUACAUACAACACCGAGCUCCUGCUGUGGAAGAUGGAGCACUUUUUUGCCCUGAAGCCAAAUGCAGGAGCAGGUGAGAUGCCCAGGAAGCAGGCAUUAGAGACUGUAAAGAACAAUAUUGAAUGGAUGCGACGGAAUCAGGAGGAGAUCCGGGUCUGGCUGGAGAACAAUGUGUCUGACUAAUGCUGGAACAGUUUUUCCCACACCCCCCACUAAAUUUGCCAGUGAAUUGCUCAGGGCAGCUUGAAAAUGAAUCUUUACUGUAGCUCAAGAGCCACUCUCCUGACAAAAUAAGUAUUGGAUUGUGUCGCCAUGACAGCUUUAAAAAAGUAUUUUCUUAGGCAUUACAAAUCCUUAGGCACUGUACAUUUUUUCUUUAUUUAAUGUGUUGCAGAACACAUCAAAUUCAUUAUCUGUAAAAUGUGAAAUAAAUGUCAUAAAGGAUGCUUCAAUUUAACACAUUUUAUAAAGAAAAUAAAAAAGAAAUCUUUAAAACGGA